AUGUCAAAUCUAAUAUAAUUUUUUAAAACAAUAUUUAUAAAUUUAAUUUAAAAUUUUCAAUCGAUUUAAUAUAAAAAUUGCUUAAAAUUUGUGUUAUAUUGGAAUAAAAUGAGUAAUUUGCGUGCACAGCAGGUUCUACGGAGUUUCAAGGAACUACACCGGGCAAGGAAAUCAGUUUUUGCUGGAGAUGAUGUAGCUUUGAAAGCUUGUAGAGAUAAAAUUAAUGAAGGAUUCUUUAAAAAUAAACAUGUAACUAAUUCCGAUUCAAUAAAUGAACUUUUAGUGUUUGCAAAUGCUGUAGCAAAAGAAUUACGCCAGACUGUAAUACAAGCUAAAGAAGUUAGCCCAGGAAAAUAUGAAGCUAGAAUAACAAAAGAUACUCAACUACUUGAUAAUGUAGAAUUUAAGCUUAUGCCCGAUGAAGCUUACAAAGUUUCGCCUAAAUCAAAAUGCAAGAAAGAUUAA